CCUUGGUCCCAACAGUCUUAUGUGACAGUUGGUGAGAGAGGAGCUAAAUGAUGGAGAUUCUGAGCGUUGGCAAGCGAAAAAGAAGAAGAGAAGAAGAGCAAGAAGAGGAGAUCAUUUCCCCUGGGUGCAGCCCUGAAUUCAAAAGGGCCAAGCCCCAGGGUGAUCUGCGUGGGACCAGCACCCCUACAGCUGAGGAACCGGUGCCAGAGGGGGAGCCAUGGAACACCCUGACCAACCUGGCUGAUGCCCUGCAGACCUUCAGGGAGUAUGGAGAGGAGUGUUACCUCUAUAAAAAAGGCCUGGAGGGAGAUUAUCAGCUGGAAAACUUCCUAGAAAAUCAAAAGGAAAUAAAUCCUGCAUCCUGGAACCACAUCACCACCCUAAUGAUUAAUGUGCACAGGUACCUGAGAUUGGACUUUCAGACCCUGUGCCUGGGUAUCAACUUCCUGGAGCGGUAUGUGUCCUGCACUCCUACUGACCCCGACACCCUAACAAGAGUGGGAGCCACUUGCCUCUACAUGGCUUACAAAGUGGCUGAAUUAAGGUACCCCCUCCCCCCCAAGCUCUUCCUACCUCUGUUUGACUACAGAAUGACACCAGCUGAAAUGCGUCACCUGGAGAGAACCAUCCUAAGGAAGUUGCUGUUUCGCCUGGGGGUUCCAACCAUCGAUUUCUUUUUGGAGCACUUCUCCCUGUUGAGACUGACCAACCAGGAGGAGUGUUCCCCUGCCCAGCACACAAGAGCAGCCAAAAGCCUAACAGCUGCCCGAGGCAUCGCAGCACUGUGCCUGAACCAACAUCAUGAGUUCUACAAGCACAAACCAUCUCUCAUGGCACUGUGCUGCCUCAAUGUGGCAGACAAAUUGUUUCAUUACAACAACCCUGUCAAAGUGGCCCCCACUGACUACCCAGAACACCAAAUUGAGGAGUGCAUGGAAAAGAUCUGCCAUCUAGUCUCUAUAGGCCGCUACUUUUUACAUCCACUGCUGCCAGGAGUUUAUCCAGAAAUAUUUCCAGCAUUUAAUCCUCCCACCACAAGGCCUGCAGCAACACCUACCAACCAACAUCUACCUGAAGGCAGAGAGAGAACACCAGAGGUGGCAUCAACAUCCAGGGACACAGCAGGUUCCCAGCACUUAGAGAUGGCAGAAAGAUCCAGCCAUUCUCAGGACAUGGAAGGGGCCGGUUAUGUGCUACACAACACAUACUGGCCUACUGAUCCAUACAGGCAAGUAUACAUGCACCCCUACAUGCCAACACCUCCAUACUGGCACCCAUACAUGCCCCCAGAUUCCUACUGGCACCCAUACAUGCCCCCAGAUUCCUACUGGCACCCAUACAUGCAUACACUGCCAUAUGGAUACGUAUUUCCUUACUGGUAGACACACAGGCACACACUGAGGCCUACAUGUCCAUACUACUUACCAUUUAAUACAAGUGCCACUAUUGGGGAUCACUAUUUCUGGUAAGACCAUGGGUGGGGUGCAAUUUGCCUUUCCAUCCAUCUAUAGUGACAUUGAGCCCAGGACAUUCAAGUUAUGAUUGUAUUAGAAUGCAUUCAUGCUCAUCUAAUCUCACAGAUACAGACAGACAUUUCUAAACUGACAGAUCCUCACAUUACGUACUGAUGACUGAUAUUCAACUGACAGCUUUAGUUUUUGCCAAAAUCCAAGAACAUGUUUCCCUACAGACAGACAUCAGGAUUUGCAAGCGGUGUAUUGAUCCUGGGAGUAAUUCCGAUUGCCAUUUAGGAGUCAGGAAGGAAUUUUUGCCUCUAGUGAAGCAGAUUGGCCCAAGCUUCUCUCUAGGUUUUUUGCCUUCCUUGGGAUCAAACAGCCCUAUGUGGUGGGGUUACCAGACCCUCUGGUGAUGGGAGGACACGUAUAGAAGGUGCAUUUAUAUUGCAGCGUGCAGCUCUUUCUAUAUGUGCCCUCUGAUUUCCAGUGAUCUGAUAACCCUACAGUGAGCAUCACAUUUCAUAAAUUAUAUUUUUAAUAA